AUGGAAAUUAUACCCAGGUAUAAAAGAGGUGGAACUGGAAAAUUAAUUUUUAAUGAUUUUAUUUAUGUCAAGCAGAAAGAAACUGGGAAAUAUAUAAGGUGGAGAUGUGAGCAACGGCCAUGCAGUGGAUGUUUAUUCACUACUCUUAACAUAAGGCAGAACUAUCCUAAAGAGCCAGCCAGCCUAGAUGAACUAAAAAUUGAAGGUACUUGGACUGAAACUGCAGAACAACCUCCUAGGAGAUUUCUGCUUUAUGACAAUGAAAGCAGAGGUUCCAGAAUCAUUAUUUACGCCACAGAUGAAGGUCUGAAUGAAUUAUCCAAAUCAACAGUUUGGUACAUGGAUGGGAGAUUUGAUGUCGUCCCAAAAUUUUUUAAUCAACUAUAUGUUAUUAGAACUGAGUUAGGAGAAAGGGCUGUUACAGCUGUGUACGCACUUAUGGAAGGACGAAAUCAAUCAUCCUAUGAAGAACUCCUGCAAGUAUUGAUUACACAUUGUGAUGAAAACAACAUAAGUUUAAAUCCCGGGAGAAUAAUACAAAAACUUGGACUUGCGUCGUUAUAUAAAAAUAAUGAUGAAUUUAAGCAUUUCUGUGGAAUGCUAGAUGGGCUGGCAUUCUUGCCAACUCAUCGGAUAACGGAAGGGUUAACAUAUUUGAAAUCCAUCGCGCCUACGGAAGCGCUUGAUCUUCUUCUGUAUUUUAGUGAAACAUACGUUGAAGGAACGUACCGUCGUGUGAAUAGAAAGCAUGGCGGUCGUUCCGAGAAUACAUUAUCACUAACCUUGCAGAGAAUUCCGCCCUGUUUCCCACCAGAAUAUUGGAGUGUAUAUGAAGCGACUGUAAAUAAAGAAUCGAAAACAAACAAUUUUUGUGAAGGAUGGAACCUAAAAAUUAAAAAUUUAGCUUCCGAAUGCUAUCACGUAAGUUUUUAUAGAAUGAUCUCCGCACUAAAGUCGGAUGAAACAUCAGUUCAUUACAGCAUCAUACGAAGUCUCACUGGAGAAUGCCCGCCAAUGAGAAAAAAUAAGAAAAGAGAGGUUUUGCAUACUCGUUUAGGAAAUCUUUUAACGGAUUUCAGAAGUGGAACUAAAUCACUUCAGGAAUUUUUAAUCGGGAUAGGUUACAAUAUUCGUUUGAAUAAUGGGAUUUAAACUGAAACGUAGUGUUAUUAAUUUUAUUUAUUGUGAAUUUAAUGUGUUAAUAAAUUUAAUGGUAAAUUGAUAAUGAAUGAUAUUUAUAAUUUUUCUGCAAUAAAAUAUUUUAAAAUGAU